AACCAAAUUUAAAAACAUUUGAUUUUAUGAGGGUUAAAUAAAAGUUUGGGGGGGAGCUUCUCGAUCCAUCAACAUUCGACAUUCGUUCAACAGCGAGCGCCUCUCUCUAUUCAUCAUCCUUGGACAUUGGAACAUCGACGACUUCUUCUUCUCUGAAUCGUUCCGUCAGAUAUUAGAAGCUAUAUUUUGAGCCAUGAGCACAGUGACCAGGCCUUCUUCUUCUUCAGCGACAACCUCUGUCAUCUUAGAAACCCCUGUUUCUCAGUCCCAACCUACGGAAAGAUUAGUGCUUCGGUUGAACAGGAAGAAGAAGAAAGUCUCAUGGAAAGACGGAACAGUUGAUAACGAGUUUAUGCAGAAAAAGAGUUCCAAGAAGUGUUGCAUCUUUCACAAACAGAAGCCCUUUGAUGAGGAUGACAGCGACGAAGAUGAAGAUAACAACCACCACCAUGAACACUGCGAAUCUGGUGAGGCCUCUUCCUCUAACGAUUCUAAAGCAUCUGACUAAUCAUUUGCGGCUUUUCACAUCACAAUUUAGAGAUAUUUGAAGCUUUAUAAUAUGUCAUGGAAGAACACUAAAACUCUUCUGAGGUUUUGGGCUUUCAAGAUCUUCUCUUCUCUGGCUUUAUUAGUAUAUGUACAUUGUAAUUUGCAUAUUACACACUGCAAUGCUGAUUUAUAACUACUUAAAAAGCUGUAUUGACAAUUACGUGAGAGCAUCUUUUCAGAUAUAAUCGUUUAGACUC